UUAUCUCCGGCUGGAGGCAUGUGACCGGUGCAAUUUCCCAUCGCAGCCAACAGGUUGUACUAAUGCUGUAAUGCUGUGUUGUGCUGUUUGUUUGGUGGGAAAAGUACAGCACGGAAACCCCAAACUUUGCGAAAGCAGCGACCUUCAUUGCCGUCUCUAAAAGUGCAUCGCACCAGCAGUCUCGAUGACUUGUAUCCCAGAAUGAACCUGAAUGCAGUACUGACAUUCAAAGUGUAUACAACCCAUGACCAAAACAGAAGUAGGCCUAUGUAUAAUUCUCCCACCAGGGAGUUUGAUAAAUAAAAAAUAAAUCCUUUCAAAUGUUUGCAAAAAAAAGAAAACAUACAUCUUUGAGAGCCCACAUGGGUCCUUGAACGUCACGUCACGAAGCAGAAGCUUCGUUGCUGUAAACCGCUGCCCAUAUAGCGCCAUAUAUCCUACAUGCUCUGGAGUCUUCUUCGACCGUAGCCAGAGCCAGUUCACAGGAAAUGGUGCAGUCGUGUUCACCACUGGGCAAUGCGUUAAUUCAAGGUAACAUUUAUUUCAUUUAAAUGGAUGCCAGAGAGCGAUGCAGCCCUGUGCAGGUGACAGCGUGCAGGAUAAAGAAAUGGAUCAGGGUGGACUGAAGCGCAACGGUAAUCGAGACGACAGCCUGACAUUUGGGGAGACAGGAGCUGGAGAAUCCAGAGAUGCAGGUGACACAGCUGGUUCACUUCACCAGUCUGCAGCGCACCCGCUUGGCCGAGGGUCUCUGCCCCAGCCCACAGUGGCCCCAAAUGGAGGGUGUGGAACCAAAGACCAGGGAGAGCUUGGAGGCCUCUUUGACUCCCCUCAGCAUCAUGUCCCGUGUGAGAGGUCAGACAUAGAGGAGGGUAAAAUCGUUAAAAGGCUGAAACAACACCAGAAUAUGGAUGGAUUCAACCUGAAACACAGUAUUGACGAUGUCGACCGGAGGCCCACCUCCAUCAUCAGCACCUCGAUCUCCUCCAUCCUGGGCAACCUACCGCUGCCAGACCUUUUUCCCCAGCACAUCAAGCAGGAGGCAACUUUUUCUCCGGAUAGAGAUCCGGAAACGUACAGCGGACACACAGGCACUGGUCUCUGUGAUUUGGAUGGCGACAGCAGUCGCCAAAUCGAGGAUAUCGAGAUUUGGCAAGACCUGGACCUUCCCAAUUCCCUGCCAGAAAUCAGCGAUUUUGAUUUUGAUUCAGAAGUGGCACACUUGGAUAACAUCCUACACGACAGCAGGGGUGGUGGCGGCGGUGGUGGUGAUGGUGCUGUUGUCAGCGGCUUGCUAAAGGAAACCAAGCCUCUCAUGGGGAACGGAGGGAACUGCACCAGUGUGAAUGGCUCGGAUCAGCAGCACCACCUUCUACAGCAGCAGCAGCUUCCCCAUCAGCCUGCAUCCCUUCUCUCCAGCGUUAUGAUCAAGGAAGAAAAGGAUCCGGACGACUCUUUCAUCCACAUCCGUACUCCCGGUGUUGUCAAACAGGAGAAGCAGGACAACACUGGUUUCUGCCAGGCGCAGUGCCUCCAGAAAGGCAUGAGCUCUCUCCAUGGAGGCGGCCCCAUGUCCUCAUCUCUGGGCGUAGGAGUAGGAUCUAGUUACCACUACAGAGCCAACUCGUCCUCUGCGGUGGGCCUACAAGACCAGGAGCCUUUUGGCGUGUACUCAAACCUGCCUCUGGUGGGGGAGAGCUGGGCCAGGGGGAACAGGUUCGGAGACUCGUCUGGGUUACAGAGGGGCGACGAUGGGCUCCCUUCUGCUGCAGCCCUGUCGACUUUUUCUGUCAGCUUCUCCGGUUCAUCGGCGAGAGCUGGAGAGACCCUGAGUUCUGCGUUGGCAGGCCAAUCCAAGCCCAGUGGGCAGACGCAUAAGAUCUGCUUGGUGUGUUCAGACGAGGCCUCUGGAUGCCACUAUGGGGUUGUAACCUGCGGCAGCUGCAAGGUGUUCUUCAAGAGGGCCGUCGAAGGAUGGAGAGCACGACAAAACACAGAUGGUCAGCACAACUACCUGUGUGCAGGGAGAAACGACUGCAUCAUUGAUAAGAUCCGGAGGAAGAACUGUCCAGCCUGCCGCUUCAGAAAAUGUCUCAAAGCCGGAAUGAACUUGGAAGCGAGGAAAAACAAGAAGCUGACCAAGAUGAAAGUUCCUACCAUGCCUGUUCCAGUCAUCCCCAGGCCCAUGCCCCAACUCGUGCCCACAAUGUUGUCUGUGCUCAAGGCCAUCGAGCCAGAGGUCAUCUACUCGGGCUACGACAGCACUCUGCCUGACACCUCCUCGCGGCUCAUGACCACUCUCAACAGGCUGGGGGGACAGCAGGUCAUCUCUGCAGUCAAGUGGGCCAAGUCACUGCCAGGUUUCCGCAACCUGCACCUGGAUGACCAGAUGACAUUACUGCAGUGCUCCUGGCUGUUCCUCAUGUCCUUCAGUCUUGGUUGGAGGUCUUAUGAGCAGUGCAACGGUAGCAUGCUCUGCUUCGCCCCUGAUCUCGUCAUCAACAAGGAGCGUAUGAAGUUGCCCUUCAUGAACGACCAGUGUGAGCAGAUGCUUACGAUCUGCAACGAGUUUGUGAGACUGCAGGUGUCCUAUGACGAGUACCUGUGCAUGAAGGUCCUGUUGCUGCUCAGCACAGUACCAAAAGACGGCCUGAAAAGCCAGGCGGUGUUUGACGAGAUCAGGAUGACGUACAUCAAGGAACUGGGAAAAGCCAUUGUCAAGAGAGAGGAGAACGCUAGUCAGAACUGGCAGCGCUUCUACCAGCUAACUAAGCUACUGGACUCCAUGCAGGAGAUGGUCGAGGGUCUUCUCCAGAUCUGUUUCUACACUUUUGUGAAUAAAACCCUCAGUGUGGAAUUCCCAGAGAUGCUGGCAGAGAUCAUAACCAACCAGAUACCAAAAUUCAAAGACGGGAGCGUCAAGCCUCUGCUGUUUCAUCAGAAAUGA